AUGAAAUCUGUAGAUUCUUCUGAACAAACUUAGCCAUUGCUAUAAGGGCAAUAAUAAGAUCAACUGGCAAUAAAUAACUCAUAAAGCAAGGGUAUUUUGCCGAAAGAACUUAAUUGGAUCAUGGAAAAUUACAAGGAAGUUGAUUAUACUCCGGUUGAGAGUAGAAUCCAUGAAAUUCCAUUUGCUUUCCACUAAUGUGAUUAAUUACUGCAGCAAAUCAUCGUUCCUCACAAAAACAUGCUUCUGAUUGAAUAUGUCGUAGAAAACGGUGAACGAGAAAGGUGGUUUAAAAACAGCAAUGGCAACAGUAAGAUGGUGCAUCAACUCUUCAACGGCAUUGAUUACAUUUUCUAUCAAGAGACUAUCUCCAAAGAUACCUGCAUUUACCUAACUAAACUUGAGGAUUUGGAAUUUAAACAAGAAAAGAGUUUGGCUUAAUUCAAAUUGGAUAAAGUGCAAGCACUCUAAAAUGCGUUAAUAACUGAUGAAUUCGACAUUUACUUUGUGUACGGUAUUAAUAGAGUUUUAUUCCGCUGUGAUUAAAAUAUCUUCACUCUAACUAACUAAAACUCUUAAAAGUUCUAUGAAGUUUAGAUUUUAAGUGAAAAAGACUAUAACACUUAAAUUGCUGAAACUCCUAACAAAUUAUUCGUUCCCAAUGAUGCCUAGAGUUACCACCAGUUGUAUGGGCACUAUAGUCUUAACUAGAGUUCGUUAUAAAACCAUUAUGUCUUGCGUCAUAAGUAGAAAACCUAUAUAGUUGACAAAAAAAGCCUUGAUAAAACAUAGGUGAUUGAUAAAAAUUACCACGCUAUAAGAUACUUAGAUGUGUAUGAGUAUCUGAUGGACGACGAUUUCAACCUCUAUAAAUAUGACGUAAAUACUAACCAGUUAUAGAAUGUGAAACAACUAUACUCAGGACGAAGUAUUUCGUACUUAUACAAGAUGGAAAUAAGCCCCAGUAAACUUAUAUUCUUCUUUAGAACUGAAGACGAUUUGAAAGUAUUCCUAGCAUUUGAAACUAUGAAAUUUGAACUUGUAAAUGAAAUAUAAAAAGUGAUCCAGGAAGAGUUAGAUACACUUUUGAUUGAUACAGUAAAUAACAGAUUCUACUUUAGAGAGUCAGAUGGGGAAAAUAUUAGAUUCAUCAACUUUAACACAUACUACUAAGAAAGCCAUAACUUAGAACCUGUAGUUUAUCAAAACAAGAAAGUAUUCAGAGAGAAAUAUGAGUUUAUUGAUAACCACUACUUACUCCUUAGGACAAAUCAAGACCUUUUUACCCGAACUAGUAAGCAAAUAACAAGCAGCAAGUAUGAUGUGGGAAAUUAUUUUAUACAGAAUCCAGACAUAUUCUAUGAUGAGAACUUUGCCGAGAUAGUUAAAUAAAGGUGUCCUGCUGAUGUGAGCGAGACUGUUGAUGCUAUAAACUCAGAGGAUAUCAUUCUUAGAGUGCAUAGAGAUUUCAUUUAUUUAAACGGCAAUAAAAAGGUAGAUUGGCCUGAAUUCAGGGAAAGAUCAGACAUUUAAUUCAAGAAGAGAGACAAAUUCUGUCCAAUGGUUAAUAGAUUCAAUGAGAAACAAUAUGUCCUUGACCUUGCUGCUGAUCACAAAAUCGUCUAUUUUGACAAAAAAACCUAGGAAUUUAAAACUAUAGAUAUAGCUGAAGAUGAGGAAAUUCCUCUAUCUCCUCAGCACGCAUACCUUGAUGAAGAACUUGGCGUCAUAGUCAUAAAAACGCUGCUUUAAGUAAAAAUUUAUAGUCUGGUUGAUAAUCAGAGAAUCAAGGAUAUAACAGAUGCACUACCAUAUUCAUCAAUAUUUGUUCGAGAUAAUUAUAUUCAAGUGCAUUCCAAUCUAGUCUCUUAUGUAUUGUUUUUCAAAGAUAAAAAGGUUGUAAAGCUUCUCCAGAUUCAAUAGAAGGAAGUAGCUUCAAACUUUGAAAAUUUGGGUUUUUACCAAGAGGAUAUUAAUUCAAAAUCCUACCAAAUGAUAAAACGAAAAAAUAUCUAUAAUUCUGAGAUCUAUAUUAUGGCCUAAAAUUCAUUUGUAGAAAUGUUUAACGAACAAUUACUGACUUAACCAGUCUUUCCAGCUCUGUAAUUCAAUUUAGCUUAGAAAAUAGUGGUAGGACCAAGUUAGGUACAACUUUUCGUGAAUGGAGAAGACAAUAUGGUGGGGUAUUUCGAUAUAGCUAUUACAGAUACUCUUAUUGUAGACUACAGAUAGAUACUCAAAAAGAAUAACGAGCAGAUUGUGAAAGAGCUGCAAUCUAAUCCAGAUCGUUACUUUAAGUAUGUUUCUGGGUUUGGAACCUGCUUCUCGCUGUUCUAGAAUAACUUGAUUGCUCUAGAGACCAUAGCCAAAUAGCUAUCUCUUAAAGAUAAAUCGUCUUUACCUAUUCUAAUAUGCUAGAGAAUGCUAGGUAAAGAGACCCCUUUAGAUAUCUCACUAAAGAAUAAACAGCAAAAGAUCCUUAAUCUCAUACUCUCAAUGAUCAUAAAAUACUAGGAUCAUUUCGUAUUUAACUAACUGGUUGACAAUCAGUUAUGUGAGCUUAUCAAACAACAGAUUGAUCUACAAGAAUAUUUUGAUAGCAAUUUGCCAAGCUACUAAAUUCUAGAUCCAUCAUUUCCUAACUAGCAUCCAGACGAUGAAGAUGAUCCUAUGGUCUCGAUAGAAUAUCUAUUGAUUAACCUUCCAACAUCAUUGACUAAAAAUCCAAGAGAAUUAAUGCAAGUAUUAAGUGAAAGUGACUGCCCAGAGUACUUCGAAAAUCAAAUCAUUCAAAGCAUAAUCAAACUUAAGUGGGAUUCUUACACAAAAUCAUUUUACCAGCACAGAUUCUACAUAUUCUUGAUUUUCAUGGCUUUCUUCGUCUUGGAUAUCUUCCACUCAGCUUACUUUAGUAACAGUUAACCAGAUUCUACGGAAAGUGAAGCAUCACAUAAGGGUGAAACCAAGACUGAGAUUGAGACUAAGACUGAGCAUCUGAUUCCGUAUAUAUGGGUAUAAAUCUCAACAAAAGUAGUUUGCUCCAUCGUACUACUUUACUUUUUGAGUUAUGAAGUAAAGUAAAUGAUAGUAUAGAAGGCCAGCUACUUUAGCGAUGCUUGGAAUUACUUCGACUUCUUGCACAUCAUUGCUUACAUUUUAUUCUGUGUAUAAGACUUCGCUGAUGAGACAUCAAAUAACUUAAUCUUACUGAAGAUUAUUGUUAUUGCACUAACAUUUAUGAAGCUAUUCUUCUUCAUUAGAAUCUAUGAUGGCUUCAGUUUCUUGGUUCAAAUGAUGGGAGGUGUAUUCAAGGAUAUAAAAUACUUCAUCUCUUUCUUCCUCAUAAUCAUAUGUCUGUUUGGAAUGAUCUUUUUAGUCCUCUUUAGGGCAUAGCCUAUUGAUGAAUAUAAGGGUGUAGAUCAGAUAGCUUACUUUUUGAUGGCUUUUAGAGUAUCAUCUGGAGACUUCUAAUUAGAUGAUUAUAGUGGGCAAGAAGGCUUAUUAGUUUUAGUAUCUUGGAUCAUAUGGAUACUUGCUGUGUUUACCUUGAAUAUCGUAUUCAUGAAUUUCAUAAUCGCUGUUAUCUCAGAGUCCUAUGAAAGAGUCAUGCAAAAGCUUGUUGCUGAAUCAUAUAAAGUAAAAGCAAACAUGAUAGUAGAAAAGGAACAACUGAUUUCAACAAACGAUCUCACUGAUAUAAAUCUAUUCCCUAACUUCAUCGUUGUGAGAAGACCAUUAAGUAACGACUCUAAUGAAGCUGGAGAAUGGCAAGGAUUCAUAAAGGAUAUCAAGUACACUAUAAGAACAGCCGUAGCAAAGUCUAAAGGAGAAAUUAUUUAAAAUCUCCACUAAUCACUCGAGAAAAUUAAUAGUUCUAUUCAACAGAGUCAAAAGAAAAGCAUUAGUGAUGAUAGCAUUGAAAACAAACUCUAGAAGAUUAAGGACUAACUUGAUUCAAAAGUUGAUAGUCUUGACACAAAAGUCGUAGAGCUUAAGAAUGAUAUGAAUUUCAUCAGAAGUUCUAUUGCUUAGAUUCUUCAAAAUUAGAAUUAGCAAUGA